CCACGAUCUAUCUACAGCCCAAACUCGACCAUUUGGAUCUCGACGAGGCUGAGCAUCCAUGUUCAAUUUGACAAAAGUACGCGUCUACGUCCCACAACCGGCCGUCCGCGGACCGGGGCACGGGCUCCCGGGACGGACACGGAGCAAACGAACCAAUACCACAGCUCCGGACCGGGAGCAGAUCCCCUCAACUCGACCCCCGUUUCCCUUCUUCAAAUAGCAUCCUCGCC